UGGCGGCGGGAGAGAGCAGCAGCAGAGGCAGCGGCAACGAGCAACGAGCAACAAUGGUGAAAACGUCGUACAUGAGGCUUAAGGGAAGCCAGCAGCUCAGGCAGCGCCUCCUGCUCUCGACCCUGGCGGGCACCGCUAUCCUCAUUGAAGACAUUCGACCCGACGAUACAUGGCCUGGUCUCCGCCCUCACGAGAUCUCUUUCCUCCGAUUACUUGAGAAUAUCACUGACGACUGUGUUGUUGAAAUCAACGAAACCGGAACAAAAUUGAAGUACAAGCCGGGAGUUUUGAUGGGCGGGAGGCAUCUCGUGCAUGACUGCGGUCUCAGUCGAUCAAUUGGGUAUUUCCUGGAGCCUCUGGUCGUGCUUGGUUUGUUCGGAAAGAAGCCCCUCUCGAUAAAGCUCAAAGGAAUUACGAAUGAUUCCAAGGAUCCAUCUGUCGAUACUUUCCGGUCAACUACUCUUCCUAUGCUCAAGCGCUUUGGAGUUCCUUCAGAAGGUUUGGAUCUAAAAAUUGAGAGCCGUGGAAGUCCUCCUGAGGGUGGUGGUGAAGUCAUUCUCUCAGUCCCUAUGAUUCAAAAUAGUUUAUCAGCAAUUACUUGGGUUGAUGAAGGAAUGGUUAAGCGGAUAAGAGGAGUAACAUAUUCUACAAGAGUCUCCUCUCAGUUUGAAAACACUAUGAUUCAUGCAGCUCGUGGAAUCUUUAAUCAAUUGCUUCCUGAUGUUCACAUAGCCACUGACCAUAAAUCUGGUUCACAAGCUGGAAAAUCACCUGGCUAUGGCAUUUCUUUGGUUGCCGAGACUACAUCUGGCUGCUUCAUGUCUGCUGAUACUGCGGUUUGUCAUGCAAGGGGGAAAGACACAGAUGUUCUUGAAGAUGAGGAGCAGGAAGAGCUGAAGCGUCCUGAAGAUGUUGGUGAGCAGAUUGCUUCGGUGCUGCUUGGAGAGAUUGAACAAGGGGGAGUGGUGGAUUCAACACACCAGGGCUUGCUGUUUCUUCUUUGUGCUUUAUGCCCUCAAGAUGUUUCCAAGGUACGUGUUGGGAAGCUCUCACCUUAUGGCAUUGAGACACUGAGACAUAUCAGAGAUUUCCUGGGCGUCAAGUUUGUUAUCACACCGGAGCCAACAACGGGGACAGUUAUACUCAAGUGCAUUGGAUCAGGAUUAAAAAACCUCUCAAGAAAGAUUUCAUGAACAGCACAAGAUCAGCUGCUCAUCUGUGGAACAAUGUGUUUUCCUGUAGUCUCAAGAUCAUAGACGCAAGUUUCUUACAUUUGUAAAUUCAUGGUAAGACUGAACGGGAUGAUGCACGAUUGCCAACUCAAGGUGUAUUGCACCAUUGGAUGAAACACUAGACUAUGAGGGUGCCAGCAGUGGGUAUGCAUUGACAUCCUCUCAUCCUCUGUCGCAGCAAAUUGAUACCAUUUUAUCAAACUUUUAACUGCGCUAGAGUUUUGUAGCAAAUUGCUUCCCAUUUUGACUGAUGGAAGAGUUUUGUAGCAGUUGUAUUACCUUGAUUUUUGCAUUCAGAUAAACUAUAAACUUUCUUCA